AUGCUGAGAGCUGUUGAGGCAGUACAUGGCCAGCUCAACGACUCUGAGUGCCCGUCCUCCGACUACCUUUCUUUGAAGGCUGAGGAGACAGAGUGCAUUGAGCCGACAGCAGCACCGCUGGACGAGAUACUGAGCAAGCAGGCUUCUUCCAAUUCACAGAUCCAGUCGGCGGUGGACAAUACAGGCCACAUCAGGGUCACCAGGACCAAGACCAAGGCAAAGAUGCCGGUGUCAACGGAGGAAUACAGAAAGGUGAUGAAGGUGGAGACAUACGCAUGGCUUGCAAUGUCUUCACGUUACAAAGCAAAGCAUUGGUUGCAUGGAUUGACAGCGACACCGUUUCAAAAGUUCACCGAGUAUAUUUUGGGUGAUCGUGUGCCAUGGGUUGCAGAUCCCAACAACAUCUUCAGAGACAGCUCAACAACGAAGGAAGCGAUGAAAAAGGUGUUGUCUGGGCACACCCUAUCUGACGCGCUGGAGGCUGUCAUUAAGGACCCGGACCUCAAAGAGGCGUACUUUACAACGCCCAUGGCAUUGCGUGCAUCGAUGCCUGAAGCACAGCCUAACAAGUUCUUGCGCUACAACAACAAGGGUGGGUCUGGCAGUUUCAGUGGCAAGCAGUUUGCACCCUUCACAAAGGGAAAAGGGAAAGGAUCAAAGGGCAAGUCGAAAGGCAAGCCUGCAGACCCACGUCUUAAGGGAUUGAGUCUGGCUUGGAGGACCCUGACCAACGUGAACUUUGUUUUGCUUGGAAUGCAGGGGAUUGUGAUGGCAGUUGCGGCAGAGUUCAUCAGUGCAGAGUCAAAGGACAGCAGUGCGGCCAUACCCAGCAAAGCUGCGCAAACUGUUCUUGGGGAUGAUACCCCGGUGCUCAAAGUGAUGUACCUUUUUGCUGGGCGUCAACGCCAUUCUGAUAUAGGGUCAUUCUUGAAGAAGGCCUCACAAUCCAAAGGUUUCAGACUGGAGUUGAUGGAAUUCGACAUUGAGCGUUCACCAGAGCAUGAUUUGACAGACGAGAACUUGUGGGAGCGCAUUGGUGACCUUUUGAAGGAAGGGCUGGUGUUGCAGUCCAGCUCAGUUGCCAAACAUAGCAUGGUUUCAGGGGAGCGAGGUUGCAAGCAGGUUGAGGAUUCUGGAAAAGAAAUGGGGGAGUCCCCCGCGCGACAGAGUAACAUGGAUGCAGGGUCACAAAGCAUUGAUGAUGAACAGAAGUGGCCUGACAAUGGAAGCGAUGAAUUUGAUUUGGCAGCCUGUUGCAAUUCUGGUACACCAAUUGGUGUGGAGUGGGACACGGUCCGGAGAGGUUUUAUCGAUGGUUUUGGGCUGUGCAGUCCAUGCAGGUGGAAACCUUCAAGGAGAGGGGAUGGACGUACAUCGGAUAUGGUCAAGUUGGCUGAUGAUACUUACAAGAUUCUUGCAGAUGCUGUUACUGCAGAAAUUAAGGAUGUGCGGCGAGAAGCUUUCAAACUGGUGACAGGCAAGUUGCUUGAGUCACCUUUCUCCGAGAGUUGUCUGGAGAGGGUCAGAUCGAAGUGGUUUGCAUUGCUGGAUGAUCCUCAGAGUGCGGCCGUGGUAGAUGAUGGACAACCAUUUUAUUUGAGGGCACUUUCUCAGUGGCUCAAGCGUUUCAAUGAUCCAGAUGUUCACUGGUUGACUGACGUUGAGGAUUCAUUUGCUUCUGGGGUUUUCGUUGGGGUUGACAAGCAGCUACCGAGAUCACCGCAGGUCUUUCCUCCCAAGCUGAAACAUAGAAAGCUGGAUGAAACAGAGUUUGUGCCGAUUGCAGAGAACUAUGCUUCUGCCCAAGUUUCGGCAAAGGAGCUUGAGGACAAGUUUAGGGAGGAGGAGAGUUUGGGCCGCAUGCAUCCCUCUAAGCUGGGUGUCCUUAAACAGGAGUUUGGAGAUUCUUUGAGAGUGGCGUCGAUGGCUGCAAUCAUGAAGCCAGACGGAACUGUGAGGCCUUUGCAUGACGCCACCCACUCGGUGAUGGUGAACCACAGCAUUGUUUACAGGGACAAGAUAGAUUGUCCGGGCCCUGCUGAAAUAGCCUCUAUCGUGCGCGAGGCAACAUCAACUGGAGAGGCCCCCUUUUGCGUGAGCGCCGACAUUAAAGCUGCUCACAGGUUGGUCAAGAUUAGAAGACGCGAUUGGGGUUACUUGUGUUGCCGUGCAGACUCAGGUUCCAGCACAGUUUGGGUUAACCACACUGGCACUUUCGGUGUGGCAAGUGCACCAUACUGGUGGGCGAAGCUGGCUGGUCUCAUUGGGAGGUUUGUUGGCCACAUGUUCCACAAGCGCUGGUUGAUGCACAUGAUUUACGUUGACGAUUUGCAUGGUGCGUUUGUGGGGUGCGAGAAGUUCUUGCAUCUAUGGGUUUGGGUCCUGGCGUUUGAGAUGGUGGGCACACCGUUCGGAUACCACAAGUUCAAAGGGGGGUUCGCUUCUGAGUUUGUUGGAUACCACAUCAGAUAUGACUUGUCCCAAGUUGGGAUCACAGUCAAGCGAGGUGACUGGCUGGUGCAGUGGAUCUUAAAGGUGAGAUCCAAUGGAUAUGUGGUACCAGCCAGGGAGUUCGCUGAAUUUUUGGGGCGGCUUGGUUUCAUUUCACAACUCAUCACUUGGUUGAAGCCCCACUUGGCGCCACUUUAUGCCUGGUCAGCAGUGACUGCGAGGGGCACAGUUGGGCGCUUGCCGGAGACAAUCAUUUUGACCUUGAGGCCGAGGGAAGAGAACACGGAGGCUGACCAACUAACAAAUGAAGAGUUUUCAGGCUUCAGGGAGGAUCAGAGGGUGGUGUUGACUUGGAGCAGUUUAGAGUUGUCUGUCUUGAUGGAAUUGGUGAGGACGAGGACAGAGUUUGAUCUUGCGAGGGACGCGGCAAGAGAGGCCGCCAAAGUGGCACCAAAGUUGCGCAAGGGAAAUGUGGACAAGUCACCAUGGUGA